AUGGCUGCUAUCACCGAUAACAAUGACAGUGAUGAACAAUUUUUUAGAUACUUCAACGAUCCCAACUACACCAAAAACCUAUUGUUGAUAUCCACAAGUUUCUUUGCAACACUCUUGUUACUCCUCAUCGCCCACUACCUCUACCUCAGGUGCACCCGAUCCAGCCACCGCCUCACCAUCACCCUCACUGCGCUUCCUGACCACGCUAACUUCACCGCUGAACCGUAUAAUAUAGGUCUUGACGCUACUAUCAUAGCGUCGUUGCCAACUUUCACCGUCAGAGCGAAAACUCUAGAAGCUUCGACUGCUAACGAUGAUGGUUGUUCGGCGGUGAACUGCGUGGUGUGCUUAUGUGCCCUAGGAGGGGGAGAAAAGGUCAAAUUGCUUCCCAACUGUAACCAUUUUUUUCACAUGGAUUGCAUUGACACGUGGUUGAAUUGUCACUCAACAUGUCCUUUGUGUCGAGCCGAGGUCAAGCCAAGACUUCGACUCAAACAAGAGGAUCGAGAGGGUCCUAUUACUCAUUCCUUUAAUGGCGUAAGUAUACAUUCAAUUAGUAAUGAUGAUAGUAAUGGUGAGUCACAAAAAAGUAAUAGUUCUGUUUCACAGUUGAGUCCAUUUAGAAGGAUUCUUAGUGAGAAAAGAUCUAUUAGAAAUAUCCAAUCCUCUAGCUAUGAUGAUCAUGGAGUUGAUCAUGAUUUGGAGAGACAAUGA